AUGAGCGAGAAACAGGAUUUAGCUCGUGCCACGGAUCUCAGACGAAUAGUUUACUUCGGCAUUGCUGUUUCUACACUUGCUAUCACUACUGCAAUUAUUGGCAUUCCUCUAUUGUGCCUUUAUCUGCAGAACGUUCAUUCGAAUGUUCAUGAGGAGCUAGCAUAUUGCCGUACGAGAACGCAAGGGAUUCGGGGCGAGUUUACCAAAAUCCAAGCUGAUCGAGGGCAACGGCAAAAGCGACAGGUAGGAUGCUGUUCCUGUGGCAUCGGCCCCGCUGGCCCGAGCGGACCGCCUGGUCCUGACGGCGAGCCCGGCGAGGACGGCCAUCCUGGACAUCCCGGUGCACCCGGUCCUGACGCUAAAGACGAAAAAGCAAUUCCGACCGAAGCUGAUUUUUGUUACGAGUGCGAACCUUCACCUCCUGGGCCAACUGGUAUGACAGGACCGAUGGGCCCGAUGGGACCCACCGAUGGGUUGAAGACUACCAAGCCGAAAGAAUCGAAAAGAGCAGACAGGAAUUUGUGA